UUCCACGUUUCUUUCUUUCUUUGAAAUACAAACACAAACACAAACACACACACUGGUAUUUAGGGGGAUUCUUUUUCUCUCAGCUUUUUUUACAAAUCUCUCUCGAUCACUUCCAUGAUUCUCAUCACCUUUUCUUUCCCACUUUCUGCAUACUCGAUCUCUUCUCUUUCGAUUCUCAUCACCAAUUCCUAGAAUUCACCCUUUCAUUUUGGGGGUUCUUACAUAUCAAAUGGAAAACAUUUGUUCAGAGGUUGAGAUGGAUUUGCCACCAGGAUUCAGGUUUCACCCAACUGAUGAAGAGCUUAUAAGUCAUUAUCUCUACAACAAGGUCAUUGACACUAACUUUUCAGCCAGAGCCAUUGCUGAGGUGGACUUGAAUAGGUCUGAGCCUUGGGAUUUGCCAUGGAAGGCGAAAAUGGGUGAAAAAGAGUGGUACUUUUUCUGUGUAAGGGACAGAAAGUACCCAACAGGAUUGAGGACAAACAGAGCAACAGAAGCAGGGUAUUGGAAGGCCACUGGAAAAGACAAGGAGAUAUACAGAGGCAAAUCACUUGUUGGCAUGAAGAAGACCCUUGUCUUCUACAAAGGUAGGGCUCCCAAAGGUGAGAAAUCUGAUUGGGUCAUGCAUGAGUUCAGGCUUCAUGGUAAAUUCAAUCCCCACAACCUCCCCAAAUCUGCAAAGAACGAGUGGGUUAUUUGCAGGGUGUUUCAGAAGUCUUCAACCGCCAAGAAAAUCCAUCUUACCGGGAUAAUGAGGUUGGACUCUUCUGUUUUCUUGCCACCAUUGGCAGAUUCCUCAUCAUCACCUUCCAACACUGCUACUACAGCACCUUACGUGCCCUGCUUCUCCAAUCCAAUCAUUCACAACCAAGUUGGGAUCUUUGAUCCAUUUAGCAACACCCCUUUUGGUGCUGAUUCAUUCUACUCUUCUCAAGGGAUGCCAAUGCAACAUGCUCAGCCACCAAGUUCCACAUAUUCCGCUUCCGGCUACACCACUCAUGACCAUUCAAUUCUCAGAGCCUUGCUUCAAAACAAUUCUUCAAACCUCAGGAAUGGUUUCAAGCCUGGAGAGAGGGAAAUGGCCCAUCAUCAAACUUCUCUUGUUGAUGCCAACAACAACAACAACAAUGGAAUCACUUCUGUUGUUGCCCCACAGGACCUUUCUAGCCUCUGGAAUUACCAGGUUCAGAUCAAGUAGCUAUGGAAACUGAAUUCUGAGGGUACAAGAGAAGCCAUUCUGUUGUGAUUUAUUCUCUGUCUUUUGGUGUUGUUGCUUGUCUUAAUUGAUUUUAAGUAAAUCAUGUAUGAAUAUUUUGUGAUGUCAGUAAUAAUCUUGUGAAUUUAUAUUA